UUUCAUCAGCAUGAAAUCAGUGCCUUCACCAGGCUCCAUGGCCAAUAGUGUAUAUGUGGUGGCACCCCACAAUGCUUACCCUGAAGUCCCAGGAGCCAGGUCUCAAGUGCCUCUGUAUCCAAACAACCAGGCUCAAAUCCAUGUAAUUCCUGGGAAUCCACCUAUUUCUGUGCCGGCCCAGAAAGUCUUGAAAAACGGCAAAGUCCUAGGGGCCAUCCAGAUCCUUAUUGGCUUGGUGCACAUUGGCGUGGGCUCCAUCAUGUUCACCAACCUCUUCGGGUACUAUACACCUGUCUCCCUCUAUGGAGGCUUCCCCUUCUGGGGAGGCAUCUGGUUUAUCAUUUCAGGAUCUCUCUCAGUGGCGGCAGAAAAUCAGCCCAAUUCACCCUGCCUGAUGAAUGGCAGUGUGGGCUUGAACAUCUUCAGUGCCAUCUGUUCUGCAGUGGGCGUCAUACUCUUUAUCACAGAUAUGAGUAUUUCAGGAACAUAUAUUUACCCCAGUGACUAUCCUUACUACGACAACAGGGUGAGUGAUACAGGCAUGGCUAUUUCUGGUGUACUGCUCAUCUUCUGCCUCUUGGAGCUCUGCAUUGCAAGUGUGUUAUCCCACUUUGGCUGCCAAGUGGCCUGCUGUCAGUACAACAAUGUGGAUGUGGUCAUUCCAAAUAUCUACGCAACAACAAAUACAGUGAUCUUCCCAGAACCAUCGAACCAAAUACCACGUUAUUCCAGUGUAGUGCAAAACUCCAGAUAA